CCUUCACAGGUGUCGCUUGAGAAGGUGCUCGGCAUCACAGCCCAGAACAGCAGUGGCCUAACCUGUGACCCCAACACAGGCCAUGUGGCCUACCUGGCAGGCUGUGUGGUGGUGAUUUUGAACCCCAAGGAGAACAAGCAACAGCACAUUUUUAACACUGCCAGGAAGUCUCUGAGUGCUCUGGCCUUCUCCCCUGAUGGGAAGUACAUAGUGACGGGGGAGAAUGGGCACAGGCCUGCUGUGCGCAUCUGGGACGUGGAUGAGAAGAGUCAGGUGGCUGAGAUGCUAGGCCACAAAUACGGCGUGGCCUGUGUGGCCUUCUCCCCCACUAUGAAGCACAUUGUGUCCAUGGGCUACCAGCACGACAUGGUACUCAACGUCUGGGACUGGAAGAAAGACAUUGUGGUGGCUUCCAACAAGGUAUCGUGCAAGGUCAUUGCCCUUUCCUUCUCAGAGGACAGCAGCUAUUUUGUCACCGUUGGAAACCGGCAUGUGAGGUUCUGGUUCUUGGAAGCUUCCACAGAAGCAAAGGUGACAGGCACAGUGCCCCUCGUAGGGCGCUCAGGCAUCCUGGGUGAGCUGCACAACAACGUCUUCUGUGGUGUGGCCUGUGGCCGGGGCCAGAUGGCAGGCAAUACCUUCUGUGUGUCCUCCUCGGGCCUCCUCUGCCAGUUCAACGAGAAGAGGGUGCUGGAGAAGUGGAUCAACCUAAAGGUCUCCCUGUCUUCCUGCCUCUGUGUCAGUCAGGAGCUCAUCUUCUGCGGCUGCACAGAUGGGAUAGUCCGCAUCUUCCAGGCCCACAACCUGCACUACAUUGCCAACCUGCCCAAGCCACACUACCUUGGGGUGGAUGUGGCCCAGGGCCUGGAGCCCAGCUUCCUUUUCCACAGAAAGGCAGAAGCAGUCUACCCAGAUACAGUGGCGCUGACCUUCGACCCCAUCCACCAGUGGCUGUCCUGUGUAUAUAAGGAUCACAGCAUCUACAUCUGGGAUGUCAGAGACAUCAACAAAGUAGGCAAGAUGUGGUCAGAGCUCUUCCACAGCUCCUACGUCUGGGAUGUGGAGGUGUAUCCUGAGUUUGAAGAUCAGAGAGCUUGCCUGCCAUCAGGAUCUUUUCUGACUUGUUCCUCAGACAACACCAUCCGCUUCUGGAACAUGGAUAGCAGCCAUGACUCUCCCUGGCAGAAAAACAUCUUCAGUAAUACCCUGCUGAAGGUAGUGUAUGUAGAGAACGACAUCCAGCACCUACAGGACGUGUCACACUUCCCAGACCGUGGGAGUGAGAAUGGAACACCUAUGGAUAUGAAAGCCGGGGUGCGAGUCAUGCAGGUCAGUCCUGAUGGCCAACAUUUGGCUUCAGGUGACCGAAGUGGAAAUCUGAGGAUCCACGAGCUGCACUUCAUGGACGAACUGGUCAAGGUAGAGGCCCAUGAUGCUGAGGUGCUGUGCCUGGAGUACUCCAAACCUGAGACAGGGCUCACCUUGCUGGUUUCGGCCAGUCGGGACCGACUGAUCCACGUGCUGAACGUGGAGAAGAACUACAACCUGGAGCAGACCCUGGAUGACCACUCUUCCUCCAUCACAUCCAUCAAGUUUGCUGGAAAUAGAGACAUCCAGAUGAUCAGCUGUGGGGCUGACAAGAGCAUCUACUUUCGCAGUGCCCAGCAGGCCUCAGAUGGAAUACACUUUGUCCGUACCCACCACAUAGCAGAGAAGACCACCCUGUACGACAUGGAUAUUGACAUCACCCAGAAGUAUGUGGCUGUGGCCUGCCAGGACCGCAAUGUGAGAGUUUACAGCACCAUGAACGGGAAGCAGAAGAGGUGCUUCCGGGGCUCCCAGGGUGACGAAGGGUCCCUGCUGAAGGUCCAUGUGGACCCCUCAGGUACCUUCCUGGCCACAAGCUGCUCUGACAAAAGCAUCUCAGUGAUUGACUUUUACUCAGGCGACUGUGUUGCCAAGAUGUUUGGCCAUUCAGAAAUUGUCACUGGCAUGAAGUUCACCUACGACUGUCGUCACUUGAUCACAGUGUCUGGAGACAGCUGUGUGUUCAUCUGGCACCUGGGCCCGGAGAUCACCAACUGCAUGAAGCUGCACCUGCUGGAGAUCAACCACCGGGAGCAGCAGCAGAACAUGAAGGAGCAGAAGUGCAGCAGCCACCCCAGGCAUGAGACAUACACAUUCAUGCCCAGCAAGAUUUGCUCCCUCAGCCCUGGGGAGCAGACAGAAGAUGAGCCGGAGGAAGAAUGCGAAUCUGAAGAGUUGCUGAAGACACCAUCCAAAGAGAGCUUGGAUCCAGAUCCUCAGUGCCUGCUGACCAAUGGCAAGCUGCCACUCUGGGCAAAGCGGCUGCUAGGAGACGACGAUGUGGUGGAUGGCUCGGCCUUCCAUGCCAAGCGCAGCUACCAGCCACAUGGCCGCUGGGCAGAACGGGCUGGCCAGGAGCCCCUCAAGACCAUCCUGGAUGCCCAGCACCUGGACUGCUACUUUACCCCCAUGAAGCCUGAGAACCUGGAGGCCUCUCUUCUGGAUACAGUGGAGCCACGGAGCCUGGCAGGCCUCCUGAGUGAGUCAGAGAGUCCCCAGGAGGAUGGCUGUGGGCAGCCCUCCUUCCUGCCCCUCCAGAGGGCAUCCUCUGAGGACAGUGAGCUCAUCAUCUACUCCCUGGAGGCAGAUGUGACAGUCACAGAGACAGACAGCGAGUCCUGCACAAAGGAGGGAGACGGGGAGUCUGGAGACCCGCGAGGGGCUUCCUACCACAGGACCUCCUCCGUCAGCUCAAAGGAUCAAAGCCCACCUGAGGACUCAGGGGGAUCAGAGGCCGACUUGGAGUGCAACUUCAUCACCAUCCAUUCCUCCCCUCCGUGGCUGAACCCAGGCCCCCGCUUUGAUAUGACCAUGCCCCCUACACCAGGAAGCCCGGGUACUGCAGAGGAGUUGUCCCAUCCUGAGGUGCCAGGCAUAUGCAACAGCUCCCUGCCCCAGACCCCUGAGCAGGAGAAGUUCCUCCGCCGCCACUUUGAGACGCUUACUGACGCCUCCUCUGAGGAGCUCUGCCAUGGGUCCCUGAGAGACGUGAAGGCCUCUGAGACUGAAGACUUCUUUAGUCCUCGGCUGAGCAUUUCAGCCCAGUUCCUGUCACGGCUCCAGGAGACAUCCAGGUUCACCCACACCUUCCCUCCCCAGCUUCCCCUGCACUUGGUGGAGUCCCCAGAAGUCGAACUCACAGACCUGGUGGGCAGCCAGCCCAGAGCAGAGCCCAUGAGAGCAGGUACUGACUGUGCCUCCCCAGGCAGGACCAACGUCCUCUCUGAGGAGCAGGCUGAGGCGCCCCUUGAGACUCUGGAGGCCUGGGGCCCACCAACCCCCUGCCUCACAGGCCUGGUGCCCUGGGUCCCCUCCUCCGCAGUGCUGCCCACAGAAAGGAAGCUGCCUACACCUACAGCCCUACCUGCUCUAGACCUGGCUCAGGGUGUCCACACCCCCUCCACCGGCUCCUACAGGAAAGCCACUAUCAGCUCCCGUGCCAAAAUGUCACGCCACAUCUCCCUGGAGGGCAGUGAAGAUCCUGGCCUGGCUGAGCUGGCCAGGCCCCUCCGAAGGCCUCCAUCGAUCAGGGAGCUGCCAUCCCUGGGCCAGGAUCUCCAGGCCACCAUCACCAUGGCAGCAUCUACUGACAGUGAAAGCCGAGAACCUGCCCUGUCCUGUGGCAACCAUGAGACCCGGGCCAGCCUUAAACUGACCCUGCCAAGCAUCUGUGACAGGCUUUUGCUGCCCCGAGCCCCAGUGGAACCACCCACCACAUGUGUCUGGUCCCAGGAGCCUGUGGUCACCCAGCCCAAUGUUACAGUCACAACAGACCCCAGGCCUGUCGAUGGGAGCGCCCUGACCCUUAAGCCCCUCAACAACCCUGCUCACCCGAACAGCCCCCCACUUCCAGAGACCAGGCCUGGGGUCCCAGGCAGCAGCAUCUCUCUCCUGGAGCCCGCCUCUGAUGCGCUCAGUCUGGACACUGGCAGCCCUGGACACUGGGGGGAGUCCAGGGUACCAGCUGGGAUUCUGCCCCCAGCUCCCUUUGAGCUGAGCAGUGUGGGGACCCUGGUGCACAGACUGAAGACUGCCUUCCAAGAAGCCCUGGACCUUUACCACUUGGUGGUCUCCAGUGACCAGGUGAGCACUGAGCAGCAGCAGGCACGGACUGAGCUGGCUUCCACCUUUCUUUGGAUCCACAGCCAGUUAGAGACCAACGACUCACUGGUUGGGACCGAUGUGGCCCCUGCCCAGGCCCUGCCCAGCCCAGGCCCCCCAUCCCCACUGACACUGUGCCCCCUGGCCAGCCCUGAUCUGCAUGCACUGCUGGAACACUACUCAGAACUGCUGGUACAGGCUGUGCGGAGGAAGGCCCGGGGGCACUGAGGCCUGGCAGCCCCUGCCUCCACCUCAGUCCUGCUGCUUCUGCGGAAGUAGGUAUUUUUAAGCAAAUAAACUGACAGCUGGA